ACAACACAUCUCCUCAAACUCAAACAUUCACAAAUCACAAGUCACAACCCAUAAUCUUUCAAGAAAAAAUUAUUCAACAGUCAAAAGUCAAACAGAACCUCACCAAAAACAAAGUUAACCGCAAAAACCUCUGAAAAACAAGAAAAAUAGGAAAACAAAUUGUCAGCAAGAGAUCAAACAGUCUGCGGAAAUGGUUAUGGUAUUGUCAAGGCGACACAAAAUCUUGCCGGCAGAAUCAAAGGUGAGAACAUUGGAAAUUCUCGCCUUUGAUAUCGGCAAAACCAUGUGCCGCCUUGUCUGCCUCUAUCACUCCCUCUCGGACGGUGAAAUCACUCGCCUCCGCGGCCAGACCACUAAAUCCAAGGGAGUGGCGUACCUCACGUCUCACCAGGAAUGCUUCCUCCUCAACCUCGCGGCAGCGGAGCUCCUCGAGGAUCUCGACGCUGCCGCCAUCACCGUGUCCCAGCUUGGCCGGAAGUGCUCCGACGUUUCCCUCUCCCGCUUCGACCUCGUCUAUAACGACCUCAAGCUUGGCGUCAUCGAUCUCAGGAAGCUUGGUUACGCCACACGGAGCGCCAAUAAAGUUAUCGGGAAGAUGGAGAAGCUCGUUGCCACCACCGGAAACCUCCAUUCAGCCUUGGAAACCAUGGCGGAGUUGGAAGCCUCCGAGAAGAAGAUGCAGCGUUGUAAUAACAACUACAACUACAACUACAGCAACAACUUUCCAAAACCCAAUGUCGAUUACUUGAAAGAAAAGAUUGAAUUUCAGAGGAAGCAAGUGCAGCACUAUAAGGAGGUUUCGUUGUGGAACCAAACAUUUGAUAAAACCGUUGGGAUCAUGGCCAAGGUUGUGUGCAUUGUUUAUGCAAGAAUAUGCUCCGUUUUUGGAGAAUGCAUUUCAUUGUUUUCAGACAAGAACAACGACAAGGACAACCUCGACAACAGCGUUUAUUGCCUCUUAGAACACCGUGUGUUGUACCAGAACAAUCUUUGUCUCUCCGAUCAUCACCAGCGUGGUAAUUACAAAACAAAAUCUGGUCCCCUCUUCUCUAAAACCAACAAAUUGUAUCCCGUAAAUUUUUAUAGCGGUGCUUUAAAACCUGACAGGAUACAAUUUGAUGCCAAGAGUAUCAGCAACGAAAAAUGUGGUAAUGUUUUAAAGUUGGCCCCAUCAAACACAGUUGGUGGAGCCAGGUUGGCUUUUAAGUAUGCCAAUGUGAUAUUAUUUGCAGAACGUUGUUUCAAUGCCCCGCCAAAGGGGGCACGUGAGACACUGUAUGAGAUGCUGCCAGAGAGGUUGCGAGUGAAGGUGAGGGCGAAACUGAAAGCAAGGUGGAGAAAGGGAGAGAACGGAAUGGAGGAGUGUGAUGCCUUGGCAGACGGGUGGCGGGAGGCGGUGGAGGAGCUUUUGGAUUGGCUUUUGCCGGUGGCGCAUGACACGGUCCGGUGGCACAGCGAGAGGCUCUUGGAGAAGAAGCCGUUUGAGGUGAGGGCGAGGGUGUUGCUUUUGCAAACACUACAUUACUCUGACUUGGAGAAGGUGGAGGCAGCCAUAGUGGAGGUGCUAGUAGGGUUGAGUUAUAUAUAUUUGUAUGAGAAACGGUUGUAGAAUGUAGAGUCUAAAUUCUAUUAUUUUUGUGGUAAUUUAAGUUAGGUUAUAAGAUAUAUGGAGCUAAGAUAUUUUGGAAAUUAGAUUGAAUUUUGCGAAUUAGUUUAGUAAUUCCUGAACUAGAAAGAAUUAUUUAUUCAAUUGGUAGGGAGUAUUUAGUUAUUUUAGGAGAUUAAGCAUUGUUUUCAUUAUUUAUGAUAAUAAAAGAGGAAUUCAGUUCUUUAGACAUGA